UAUAAUUACACAAAAUGUAUUUUUUUGUUGUUGUUUGUAUUGUUCUCUACCUGACCGAAAAGCUGUCAUUGUUUUGAAUGUGUUACUUUAAGAACAGUAGCCCCUCCUUUUUAUUUCUUCUUCUAUGGUUUUGUCUUUAAAAUGUUUGCGUCCCUUAGGCCCUCCCCUUUUGUCAUGUUGUCCUGCGGGAGAGGUGUGUCCUAUUUACUUUCUAUCUAAAUACUUCCAGUUUAUUUGUAGAUUUAUUAAGUUAAUUUCUGUUAUGUAUUUUUGUUUGUGUAGGACUUGGAGCGGGCAGCUUGUAACUAUUGUUUUUCUGUUGGAUAUUUUCGUCAGAAUAAAUCUUUGAAAGCCAAACAGAGUCACGGCCUGACUAACAUCUAAUAACCAGCACAACGCAGAAGGGAUCCGGUUACACUUGGUGCCGUUUGACCCGCUGUAACGUCGAAUCUCCACUGCUGCAGCUGCUGCUACGUUGUCCCUUUCCCGCCUUUGACGUCUUGCUCCGCCUUUGCCCCGCGCUUUGACUGGCAGGCGUUGGCGCGCUGUAUCCUAGCAACGAAGUAACUGUUUCUGUUGGUCUUCUUUUUUUGUGCACCUCGUUUUAUACAAGUGAAGAGGGGAAAUAAGUGAAGAAUAAUUGAAAAAGUUUUUUAAUUUUAUAAAAGUUUUUUUGUGUGUUUUGGGACAAUAAAACCAAUCUUAAAACAGUACAAUCAACAAAUAAUAAUAAUAAUAAUAAACAAAAUGUAAAGACAUGAAACCAGUCUGUUUAUUACCCUUUACCUGUAGAUAAGGCUGGUUGUUUUUUUGUUUCUUUUGCUGACUGUUGCAUAUGAGUUCUUGUGUGACUGAUUUGUUUUUACACUGUUUGGGUAUCUGCAUUUUAUUUUUGACAUCGCUUCUUUUUGAUCCACUGUUAUUUUCCAUAGUUUUUGUCUGUUAUUGUUUGAUGAAAUGUCUGACACUGAGGUACCUUUUAAAGGUGAUGAAGUGGACCGGAAGGUCACUUUUAGUUUGGGGAGGGGCCAACAUUACAUGUCAUUUGGAAGGGGUAGACCUAUGCCUUUUAGUCCAUAUGACUUUUCUGUUGAUCAGCUUGGGAUUAACCCCCCACCUGUCCCUGCUGCUGCUUCUACACCCAUUGGCAAAGCAAGGUCUGACCCUACCCAACUUGUUUCUACUGAGGCUCUCAGUGGGGUGAUUGCUGAUCUGGCUAAGCAGAUUGGGGACGCCAUUACGACGAAUCUCAAUGGACUAAACCCACAAAGUCAGUCACAGUCUCAGGUUGCUGACAGCCAACCCAGCGACCUGACCGAUCAGUCACAAGUGAGGUUUGUUGUUCAGUCUGAUAUUAGAGCACCUCCAUAUUUCAAAGGUGACCACUCUGACACCUUCUUCAUCCAGGAAUGGGAGGGUUUGAUGAGAUGCUAUCUGUCAAGGAUGAGAUGUGUGGACCCUGUAGAAAUGUGUGAGAUCAUCACAUCCAGACUUAUUGGGAAAGCCAGAGAUGUGGUUCAGGUGUCGCUUCGUUGCCAGCCUCAGUCAUGUAGUGACAAGUUGGUUUCUACUGUUUUUGAUAUUUUGAAACGCAACUUUGGUGAGCUGAUCUUCUCCAGUUUGCCGAUGAGAGACUUCUAUAACAUCCUGCCUGCUGAUGGAGAGACAGCCAUGGACUACUGGAUUCGACUUAACAAGUCUAUUGAAGCGGCUGAUGAGUGUUUGCGUAGGAGGGGGAAGCAGGUGGAGGAUCCAGGAGCUGAAGUUGUUACAAUGUUCAUCAACCAUUGUCCUGAUCCUGGUCUAGCUUUUUCCUUCCAGCUGAAACCUGUGGAGGAGUGGACUACUGCUGAGGUUCAGAGCCGCCUUGAUAACCGUGUUGCAAGUCUUAGGAAGCCGAUGGUCACUACAAAUAGGACUCUUGGUUCGUCUGCAGGCCCUGUUCUCUCUUGUCUUCCUCAGCUUGGUGCUCAAACGCCUAGUGCUGCGUUGUCAGCUGAUGCUACACCAUUUGCUGUCCGUUUUCCCCAAGCUGCUUUAGCAUGUGAUCGUUCCUCAGCUUCAGGGCCCUUGAAUCAGCAGCCACAGCAGCAUGUUGCUCCACAAUCUACAUCCUUUCAGAAUACAGGUCCACCCCAGCCACCUUUUUCCUCCAGUUCAGGAGUUGACCUGCCUCCUCAGAUGACAGAGAUGUUCGAUAAGGACACAUUAAAAGGGAUUGUCCUCAGCCUGCUCAUCACACACCGCAGCUGUCCUCCCAGUAUCCUAAUUUAA